AUGUCUCCCUCCGCCAGCUCACGCCGCGCCGGCGCCGUCGCGCCAUAUGCGAGACGAAAGACCCGGCCGCCAUCGAGGACUGGGUCGGCUGAUAGCUGCAGGAGCAGGAAAUCUGAGUCGAGACAGCACAAUAUGGCGAGUUGGUGCGAGUUUGAGACAAGCAGCUACACAUCUGGAAGCGUGACUGCAUGCGAAUCAGAACAAGGGGACCUUAUUACAGAACUGAUGGAGGACAUCUUCCAAGCGAUGGACCGGCUGGAACGCCGCGACAAAGGGAAGCGCCGUGAAGACGGGCACACAAUCUCGAUACACGACCUCAACACCCAAUUUUCUACACUGGCCCCGGAAACGCCAGCACCCUCUCCAGAGCUCUGGCUUGAAUCGCCGCAGAGCUAUUCCCAGCCGCCGCCGUCUUACGAUGACACGCUCGCAGACCUUCCGCCCGACUACACCACCACAGAUGCGCUAGCCACCGCGCAAACGCCUGAAUACACGCUGUUCCCCUCCCUCAACCCUUCACUGUGCUCCAAUGUCCCCAAUUGCCUGCGCAUAAGCUGCAACACGUCGCCGUCUUCUUCUUUCUACCUCGACGAGAAAUCGUUGUACGCGGACAUUGAAUUCGGCUUCAGCGAAGACGGGGUCAGGUCGCACGCUAAGAAAAAGAAGAAGGGCGGCGCUGCGAAGGCUGCGUGGGACGAUGAUGACGACAAGAAGAAGGAAGAGGAGAAUGCUGGCGGCGCGGGUGGUGGCGACAACGGCGGUGGUAAUCCUCCUGCGGAUGGAGGGGGCGGGGAUGCGGGCGGUGAAGGUGGAGACGGCGGUGACGGGGGUGACGACGGGAAUAACGAGGACGAGUGGGGCGGUUGGGACACCGGUAAGAAGAAGAAAAAGAAGAGCAAGAAGGCGCAACAAGAGGAAGAGGAAGCCGAACGCAAGCGCAAGGAAGAGGAGGACGAAAUGGAGCGCAAGAAGAAGGAAGAAGAGGCGGCGGCUGCGGCUGCUGCAACUGCCGGCAAUGACCUAAGCUGGGCCGAUCAGGUAAAUGACGCUAAUCCGGACGACGACUGGGGAACGUUCGCGACUGUUGGGGGAAAGAAGAAGAAGGGUAAAAAGGGGAAGGCGGGUGAACCCGCAGCACCCCCUCCAAAAGACCCCGAACCACCUGCAGCAGACCCAGCCACAACAUUCGACGACAUAAAUCUCGACGAUACCGGAGGCGCGCCGAAGAUUGAAAUGAAUUUUGGUGAUAGCGGCGCAUCAAAAUCACCAAGUUUCGGUUUUGGCGGCCUUGGCAGUUGGACGUCUGGUUGGGGAGCUAAGACUUCCUGGGGCUUUGAUUCAGGACUUGACAGCUCGAAAGAUAAAGAUGAAGGCAAAGAUGAUAAUCCGUGGGGAUCCACGGACAAGAAGAAGAAGGAUUCUUCGGGCUUUGACUUCAAUUUCGACGCCUUCAAUGCGACCUCUGCCGAGCCGGCCCCGGUAGUGGAAGACAAACCAGUCGAAGACGAUACCUGGGGCUUUGGCUUUAGCAGCAAGAGCAAGAAGAACAAGAAGAAGGGCGCAGCAACUAUUGUGGAGGAACCCGCUCCCGAACCAGCACCAGAGCCUGAAAAGCGAAAGGAGGAGGAAGAGCCAUGGUCGUCAUUCUCAUUCGGCAACGCCAAAGACAAGAAGAAAAAGAAGAAAGGAGCUACGCUGAUUGAAGAGACGCCUGCCGAACCUGAACCGGAACCAGCGCCAGUGCCAGUGCCGGCGCCAGAGCCGGAAGCCGCGAAAGAGGACGACCCGUGGGGUUGGGGCUCCGGUUCUGUGGGCAAGAAGAAGAAGAAGGGGAAGAAUGCGAUUGAAGAGAUCAAGGAAGAGCCCAAGGUCGAGGAACCUCUACCCCCGCCUCCGGAGCCCGCACCUCCGGCGGACGACAGUUGGGGCUCGUUUGCCAUGACCACCAGCAAGAAGAAGAAAGGCAAGAAGGGCGCGAAAGAAGAGCCCGUGGUUGAGGAGCCCCCACCACCAGAACCGGAACCGGAGCCGGAGCCAGAGCCAGAGCCCGUCGUUGAGGAAUCGAUAGAUCCUUUUGCCGGUCUCAGUAAGAGAGAGCGGAAGAAGUUGGAAAAGAAGAUGAAAGAUGAGGCUGAGCAAAAGCAGAGGGAAGAGGAAGAAGAGGCUGAGAGAAAGCGUAAGGAAGAGGAAGGAGCAGCAGCAGCAGCAGAGGCGGCGGCGGCAGAACCAGAUCCGGAGCCCGUGAAAGAGGAAGAGGACGAUAUCUGGGGCGACUGCGGCACUAGCUCAAAGAAAAAAAAGAAGGGUAAGAAGACUGGCGAGGAGCCACCGCCACCAGAGCCUGAACCAGAGCCUGCCCCUGUAGUAGAAGAUAAGCCAGCAGAUGAUCCAUGGGGCGAUUUUGGGACGACCGCCACGAAGAAGGGCAAGAAGAACAAGAAGGGCUCUGUUUCUGUUCCCGUCCCUGAACCAUCGAAAGAAGAACCCAGCGUUGAGCCUCUGCCUGAACCAGUUGUUGUGGAGAAGCAAGAGGACGAUUGGUCUAAUUGGGCAUCCACGACGACAACGAAGAAGAGCAAAAAGAAAAAGGGCGCCGGCGAAGAACCACUUCCGCCUCCGCCAGCUAUCCCGGAACCGGAACCGGAACCAGAGAAAGAGAAAGAGAAGAGCGAGGGUGGAGACUGGGGCUUCAGUUCCAUCUGGGGCGGCAGUUCUAAGAAGAAAAAGAAGGGGAAGAACUCCGAACUGGAGCAACCGGAGCCCAUUGUGGAGGACCCAGCCACAAUUCAGAGCCCGGAUGGAUUCGAGGAGCCUAAGGCAGAAGAGGAAGACGACUUUGGCGUUCCGUCUUGGGGCACGAAGAAGAACAAGAAGAGCUCCAAGAAGGACACCCCUAUUGAAGUCACCGAGGAAACGCCCUCCGCGCCCGUUCAGCAACCAGAUGAGGAAGACCCGUGGGGUAGCGCGUCCUUCAACAUCGGAAAGAAAGGCAAGAAGGGCAAGAAGUCGUCCCUCCUCGCUCCUCCCCCUGUUCCCACGCCGCCUGGCGAAAAGAUCGAUCUGCUCGACCCCGUGCCCGAAAUGCCACCCCCGAAGGCGAUUGAGGCAGCCCCAGUUGAGGAGAAGAAGGAUGAUGAUGAUCUGUGGGGCUUCACUUCUUCCGCCAAGAAAAAGAAGAAGAAGGGCGCCAAAGAGGCGCCGGCAGACGAUGGCGGAAAGUUAAGCAAGACGACCACGAAAGACUCAGCUUCCAAGGCGCCCAGAGAUACGUGGGAUGACCUUAUCAGUCUCGACGAGCCAAAAAAGGAAGAGAAGGAAGACGCUGCCUCUGCUGCCAAAAAUGCCUGGAGCGCAUGGGGCACUGUCACAUCCUCCAAACCUAGCAAGAAGGAAACCCCGAGGGAGAAAAAGGCCCGAGAGAAACGAGAAAAGGAGGAGCAAGACCGCCUCGAGAAGGAGGUCAAAGAGAAGGAAGAGGAAGAGCGGCGUGAGCGCGAAGCCAAGGAAGCCGAGGAGGCUGAGAAAGCCAGGAAAGAGGCGGAAGAGGCAGAGAAGGCCAAGAAGGAAGCAGAGGGUAGCGCAGGAUGGGGCAGCAUAUGGGGUUCCUCGAAGAAGAAGGAGACCACCAGACAGAGGCGAGAACGUGAGGCUAAGGAGAAGAAUGAACGCGAGGAAAAGGAACGGCUCGAGCAAGAGGAAAAGGAACGUGCUGAGAAAGAAGAGCAAGAGCGGCUUGAGAAGGAGCGCGAAGAACAGGAGAGGAUCGAGAGGGAAGCAAAAGAAGCAGAAGAAGCCGCGGCAAAGGCCAAGAAGGAGGCAGAAGAGAGCUCAGGGUGGGGAGCUAGUAUAUGGGGCGCGACAACAAAGAAGAAGGAGAGCCCCAGGCAGAGGAGAGAACGCGAAGCUCGAGAGAAGAAGGAGCAGGAGGAACAGGAGCGAUUAGACCGUGAGGCUAAAGAAGCGGCCGAGGCCGCUGAACGAGCUCAAAGGGAGGUGGAAGAGGCAGAAGCAGCUCGUCUGGCAGCGGAGAAAGAACUCCUCGGAAGCACUUCGACGAAAAAGACGAAGAAAAAGAAGGGCAAGACAGUCCUCGAGGAGGCUGCUCCUCCACCACCACCUCCGAUCGACGAAGAUCUACUCAAUCUUGUCAAGGAUAUACCAGCCGCCGAUCUUCUUGCUGAGCUCGAGAAAGACACCCAGAAAGAAGAGUCCGGCGGCUGGGGAAGUGCUUGGGGCAUCUCCCUCCGCAAGACCAAGAAGGCUGAGCCCAAGAAAGACGAGGUGAUCGCUGAGUCAGCGCGGGAUCUUCCGGACGAAUCAGCGAAUCUACCAGAAGCGCCGAUUGCUGACGAACCGGUGGUCAAGGCAGCAAGGUCAUCGGCGACCAAGAAGUCAUCCACUAAAUCCGGUGGCGUGGUUGCCGAAAGAUUAAAAGCACUGCAGGAGAAGAAGAAGGCGAAAGCUGUGGAACCGGAGCCGGAGCCCGAACCAGAACCUGCCCCGGAAGAGCCUGCACCUCCUCCGCCUCCACCAGAGCCUCCAGCUGUCGAGGUCAUCGACGCGACUCCUAAGAAGUCUUCGAAGUCCAAGAAGGCCACCACCAAGUCGUCAAAAUCAAAGAAUAAGGAGGUCUCUCCACCUCUCGUGAUCCCCGACCCCGAGCCUGAAGCGGCUCCUAAGGUCUCUACACCUGUCCCAGGUGGCUUCCCCAUGGAUGAUGAGAUGGAUUUGAUUGAUCUCAACGUCUCCGCUCCUCCGCCACCUCCAGCUGAGCCCGAACCCCCUGCUCCAGAACCCGUUGUGGUAGACAGGAAGUUGAAGAAGUCCAAGAAGAGCAGCAAAUCGAAGGCAGAGCCUGUUAUUGAAGCGCCCCCGCCACCCCCCCCACCCCCGCCAGAGCCUAUCGAAGAAGAGCCCGCGCCGAUGGAUGUCGACGAAGUCCCCGGCAAACUCCCUACGCCGCCGCCCGAAGCAGAGGUCGUGCCCACGCCGGCCAAGAAAGAACGCGCAAAAGUUGUGCGCAACGCGGGCGCCGCGUCCUGGGGCUUCUGGGGCGCUGCCGCUGCGACUGCCGCCUCAUCGCGACAAAAACCAGCCAGAAAACAAUCUGGCGACGAUGCGACAAGCACAGCAACACCAGCCAGGCCCAGCGUGUCCCGUUCUAAGUCCGCGCGCGUGUCUUCGUCCACCAAAGAUAAGGAUGUCAUGUCCAAAUCCUCAGGAUCAGACAAGAUGUCGAAGACGCCAUCUCGCUCAAAGACCACGCGUACCUCUACCGGACUUGCAUCGCUCUUUGGAGCACCACCACCAUCUGCGCGUGCGAAAGCGCGCCGUGCGUCAGCUACGCCGCGCACACUUUCCAGAAGGCCCUCGAUCGAUCAGGACGCCGCUAUGAUGUCGCCACCGCAAACAGAUACGGAUGUUAAGGUCUCCUCGAAAGCUGCUAAGGUAAUGGGCAUGAAAGGUUCUGUCAGCAGGCGAUCCAGUACCAGAGACAAGGGCAAAGCCAGAGGUAAGAAAAUCGCCCCCAAACGGCGGAGCGUUCUAGGCUGGAGGCGUAAGCGGAGAAAUCGAGCUAACCGAAUGCGUGCAGCUGUACCCGACCCGUAUCCUAUAGACGACGACCUGGACAUGCUGGACGACGACGCUCCUCCUUCACCAACACCCGCACCAAAGGCAGAAUCAUCGCGUCGCAAGUCGAAAUACGAAAACGUUACUCCUACAGAGCCGUUAACAGCUCCACCUAGCGCCGACGAUCCUGUUGACAUCGAUCCGAUGGAUGCGGAGCCAACCCCAGCUGAACCGCCCCGCCGCGAGCGAUCACGCCGCGUGCGUGGCAACUCCAACGCGAAGGACUCCAUGGCAGGAGCAGCCGCUGGAGCUGCGGCUGCGACAGGAUUCAUGAGCAUGUUUGGACUCGGUUCGCGCAAGAAGGCUGGAGACGACGAUAGGCGCGAGCGCCGCAGGACUGCUUACGAGACAGAAGACGAGCGCAAACGCCGCAAACGAUCAUCCACUCGCGGCGCCGCGACCGAAGAUGAAGCGAAACGAUUGCGACACGAACGCCGAAGCGUGCGACGCUCGUCGACCAUGCCUAACGGCGAUGCCGAUAUAGCAGCCCACGGCGCAAAUGGCAGCAGCGACGCCGAAGCCGAUCGCGAAGCCCGACGGGCAGAACGCAGGGCCAAGCGACACGCAGAGAAGGAAUCGCGUCGUGCCGAAGUCGAAGAGGCUGAGGCCAGAACUGAGCGUCGCCGCGAUCGAGAGCGAGACAACGAAGGCGCCACACUUGCGGAGAAGAAGGCUCGCCAGAUGGCUGAGCUCGAGCGCCGGAACAAGGAAGCUGAGGAACAGCUUCGUCGCAUGAAGGAAAAAGAAGACCGGCGCGGUGUUCGCGGAUCGCGCAAGCCUACGGAAGACCGAGAGUAUCGUUCAUCUCGUCGCAAAGAAAAGGAACCAGAGAGCUCACGCCCUCGCAAUGAGCGCCACCGGUCGCACAUGGACGAGGACCCUGAGGAGCGCCGUCGCCGCCGCGAAGAGCGUCGCGCCAGGCGCAAUUCCGAGUAUCCGACAACCAACGGCGAGCCCAUUACGGACUACUUCGACGAGCGCAACGGAGCCAGUCAUCGAUCUCGCCAUCGUAGCUCCCACCGCUCGAGGGAGGAAGAGAACAUGCCGUACCUAGCCAAGGGUGGCGACAAGACCUCGUCGUGGGUCGACUCGUUGUCGAAUGAGCCGCCGCUCCCCGUUCCCAUUGCCGAGACGGUCCUAGACGCUCCUCCGGGCGCUCGCGACGGUCCUGGGGACGACGAAUCGCCAUCUGCUGAUGAGGAGAUCCGUCUUCGCAUCCAUAAGAGCAAGCGCCAGAAGGAUCACGAGCGAGACCGCGACAGAGACCGGGAUCGCGAUCGCGACCGGGAGGCAAGGCAUCAUCGUCGUCGAUCCCACUACGAGGGCGCACGAGGAAGUGAUGAGGAUCGAGAGAGGAAGAGUAGGAGGAAGAGCUAUGCCGCCCCUCCGGCGGCGUAUGCUGAUCCACCGGUUCGGACUUGGGAUGGAAGGCCGGCUGCUGAGGGUGGCGGCAAGAGAGGAAGUUGGUUCAAGAAGAUCGCUGGCUUAUAA